GUGCGAGCCAUCCAUCUGGAAAUAGUGGAAAGCCUGUCAACUGAUCGAGUCCUUCCUUCAAGCCCUACGACGUUUCAUGUAUCACCAUGGGUGGCCAGCUACUAUUAUCUCCGACAACGGGAAGUCCUUUGUUGGAGCAGAGAGAGAGUUAAGAAAGCUGGUGAUCGAAGGAAGAAAGCAGAUCAAUGAUCUUGCCGUGCUCAACAAAGUCCGGUGGAUAUUUACCACGCCCUACAGUCCCCACCAGUAG